AUGUCGUCUCACUCUUCCCGACGUCGUAUCAUGAAAAAAUCGUUGGAAGAAGCCAAACAAAUUGUUCUGAAACGAAUGAAAAUUGAUUGCAAGGUCGACGCGUGUAUUGAUAGAUACAAUAGCCGCGCUUUAGCCUUGAAAAACAAAAGGCCAAACAAGACCAUCGAAGCUCCUGAAGCACAGAAAGAACUAUCUGCUUACUGGCAUCAGAAGCAAUGUCUUAAGGAAGAACUUAUUGCUGACUUAGACAACCUCGUCCCUGAAUAUGGUGAAGUCAGUUUCCCGGAGUCGGCCACUGCUCUUGAGAAGUACGCCUUGCUCAAAGAAAAAGUCAAAGGAAUGAAGUCCCAUGUUCUGAAAUAUGCAUAUUCAGAACCGUACUUAAACCUUUUACGAGCUUCAAGAAACCCAGAAUUAGUGGAAUCUGAUGUAGGAGAAGAAAUUGAUACCAACUCCGAAACGGAACAGGCUGAAGGAAAGCCGAAAGACCAACUCGAUGAGCUAAGAUAUAUUAUUAAAGACAGUGAAUCGAAGGCUCUUUUUACCUGUGGCGGAUCGGUCAACAUCGUUACCCAACGAAAUGAUGAUUUGCUACGAGGAUCAUUGCCCAUUACUUUUUACUGGACUUCAGAGGGCAAAGACCUUUACAAGACUAUGCUGCCGGAGGACAACUCUCGUUCUGACUAUACCUCUUUCCAAAUGUUAGUGGACACUUGCACUCCUGCAACUUUCGGACUCGGCCAACAAGAUGUCUUGGAUCCGUCUUACCGGCAUGCUGGGAAACUUGACGUCGACCGCUUCUGCAGCACCUUUCAUCCUGCAGAUUUUGGCAUAUUAGAGUCCAUUGAACAGACCUUAUUGCCAAAUAUCAGCUCCACCCUGCAAAACCAGCUAGAAUUCCGUCGUGUUAAAGCAGAGCUCUAUAAAUUGAAUGUUUACUCCGGUCCUUCCGGUGUAUUUCGCGCUCAUGUGGAUACUCCACGCUCUUCGAAUCAGUUUGGAUCUUUGGUUGUCUGCCUACCGUCCCCCAUAAAGGAGGAUUCAGUGGAGUUUGCUUGGGAUAAGAAGGCCGUUUCUGAUAUUCAGUGGGCGGCAUUCUAUAGCGAUUGUGAACUUGAGAUAGAACGUGUCACAGAAGGUCACCGUGUGACUCUAACGUAUAACCUGUUUAUUACUGAGCCAGUAGCUGCAGGUAUCAUCCAGCCCUCCCUUAUUGACCCUUGCAGCCUUCCGCUAUAUGGCCACUUGGAUAGCCUUCUCAGCAGCCCUCGUUUUAUGAAUAAAGGCGGAGUGAUUGGCAUUUAUUGUUCCCAUUCAUACCCACAUACCAGCGACGAAGCGGAAUAUCUACUACCACGGAAGCUCAAAGGCUCAGACAUGGCCAUCUACGCGGCCCUAAAAUCUCUUGGUUUGUGGGUCACAGUCCGCCCAAUUCUCAGUGGCGGCGAGAUUGUCAGGGCACAGGACAGCAGUAAAUACAGUAUUAAAUACAGCAGUCGAUAUAGCGAUCAUGACCAAGCAUCUUUUCAACGCGAAGCAGAGAAAAAGAAAAACUAUAUCACUUCGCUACCUUUGACUUAUCAUACACUCUUGCAAAGUCAACAUCAUAUUGAAGAUAUUCACCAGAGGUGGAAACACCUAUAUGUGACCCGGCUGCCUUCCAGUAUCGGAGAACCAAUGGACGUUGUGGGAACUGAUUUCCAUCCAAAUACAUAUUCCAACUGGCAUGAUGAGAUUACAUUGCAAGACGUCUUAGAGGACUGUUGGCCAAACAUCAGAGUUCCUGGGAUCACUUGGGUGAAUGAACCAGCCCACGAAAAACCGGCAUUAUAUCGAUUGAUCUAUGGCAAUGAAGCUUCUAUUCAGGUUUACUAUUCCAAUGCGGCUAUUCUUGCGAUUAUUCCCCCUUGGAAGUAA